UUUCACCUUUUCUCCCCCACCCUCUUCAAAUUCUACCUCAGAUUUUAGCUGCUUAAAAACUGGGUGUAGUUAAUGAAAGCUCUCUCUUCGUCCAUGCUGUUUGGGGGUGUACAAGAAUGAAAGCGAAAAAGCCGUAUUAAUUACGCUGAGACUUGAUUAGUAAAGGUACGUAGUCAGUGAUUCAAGGCGACCUGAUUCACAGAUACUGCAUCUGUAUUGUUAACCAAUAGAGAGUCUUAGUGAGGAGCAAUCCAUGUUAUAGAGAAAGAGAUAUGUCACAGAUGGCUCUUUUUAUCUUUUUUUUUUUUUUAAAUCGUAUGACUUCCCUUCUCAUAUGCUUCUAACAGUGCCAGAGUGGUUCACGUUGAUGGGUUACCUACUCAUCUGGAACUUAUCUGUUAUAAAACCAUUUCCAGAGCCAUUUCUCUAUACAAUGUGUGUUUGGUUUUAAUCCUGUUAGAUGUAAAUUAAGACCAUGAAGUUGUGACUAAUUGGAAUGCUGUACAGAAAAAAAAACAAACCCACCCUCAUAUGUUAAAGUAUGUUUGCUUUAGUAUAGAAAAUCUCGUUAUUUACUUUCCCUGAUAUUUCGGUCUCCAGUUUUAGCUGUGCUAUUUAGUAGGUACCCUGCAAUGAAGUACAUCUCAUUUUCUCGGCAAAUUAAAACACUUUUUUUUUUACUAAUAUGUGUGUUAAGGUCUUUUUUUCCUCCUGACAGCAGCGUGUAAAUAACAUGAAAGAAUGAGAUCAGUGCAAGGAAAUGAUAGCUGAAAUGGAAGACUUAGUUUCUGUUACUAACUCAUAUUAGUAGCAAUUUUUUUUAAGGGAGUUGAUUUUUCACGUCUAUGUAGCAUGGCUUCACCUGAUGAACAGUUCUCUGCAAGCAGUAAUGAAUUUCCAUCUGUGCAGAAUGAUUAGACAGUAGUUUUUAGUUUAUGCUGUGCAAAGACUGGGUGAAUUUAGACUUCUGAGCAUAGACAGUGUUCUGUGAGUGCUGACAGUUACUGCAUUUGUAUUUGAUUUGGUAAAUGUUGUGCAUGCUUUAAAGAAAGUUUACUUCAUCCAGCUUCAAGAGAAUGUGACAGGGGCAUCUUACUCAUUAAAGCAUUUCAGAUUGUGUUGCAAAACUUGUAAUAGGUUUCCUUUUAUUUUUCUCUGGACUGCUGUUAGUGCACAGCUCAGUACUUUUAGGUUAAUAUUCUAUCUGACCUUUGUGUUUUAAAUCAACAAUUAUAUCCCAUAUCAGCAAUUAUACCGAACUUGGAGCUCAGUAAUCUAAUGAUACAACUCAUAGAAAUCUAAGUUUAUUGGAACCAACAGUAGAAAUUAAAAAUCACUCCAGUGUAUUUAUUCUUGUAUUUAAUAGCCUCCAAAGGCCCUUGUUCUGAUUUGCUGGUCUUGCAUGUGUUACUUUACUUGUAAUGUUUUAUGCACCCCUUCAACUUGAGCAAGGAUGUAUAACUUUAGAUGGUAUUUUAGAAGGUGCUCAAGUUUUAUCUGUGUUAACUCCUCCAAGUCUGAACCAGUUAUAUAUUUUUAAUAUAUGAUAUCUUGUGGCAUUUCAGCAACUAUUGUUCUUAUUCCAUACAAUUCUUUUUUAUUUUGUAACUUUAAUGUAUGAUGUAGUACCUAUAUGCAAAUUUACCUUCAGUGAAGGUAUUAUGAAUACAGUAACUGUAAUUUAAUGCAAAAACUACAAGUUGCUUAUUUGUACAUAGUGAAAAUUGUGUGUUAACAUCAGUACUGUGAUAAGUACCUGGGAUUAUCAAUGUAUUUGACUUAUAAAAAUCCAUCUGCCUUACAUCCUUCUGGAUUAAGUUCUGAAUUAUCUAUGGACAUAAAACUUGUACACCUCCUCGCUUCCUAUCUUUUUACAUGUCUGAGUCAGUUGUAGUAACUAUAGAUCUAUUUAUCUCGGACCAAAACAGUGGAAUUUGGGAAUUUUCUAGCAGCCAGAUUCAUAGCUCCAGGGUUUAGCACCAGCCUUUUCCAUCCUCCUUUGGAUCAGUCUGCUUCCUGACAGCUUUUGAGGAUAGUAUGGUGUCAAAUAACUUUUUGAAAAACUAGAUAAGACAAAGUAUGGCAAGUGAGGUGUAGGGACUUGGUGCUGAGAAGAGAUUGAUGUGAAAGCUUCUCCUUUCAGGGGUCAUAUGUGUAUGUUCUGGAGUUCUCUUGUCUUGUCUAUUUGCUGUCCUUAGAGAAGUGUGUAAGUCCAGGAAAAAGAAGCAUCAAAUGGCUUAUGAGUGGAAGGGGAAAGAAAAUGCUUACUGUUUCAAGGUUUGUGGGUUAUUUAAAGAUCUGGGGGAUUUGUGGGCAGAGAGAGAUCUCUUCUGUCCUAACUUGCAGCCUUCCUGUAAACUAAGCAGAUUUUCCUUGUGAUGUGUUCUCUGCUUGUGCUUCCUUUGAAAAGUGGGUCAAAGAGAUGUUUUGGAUCUCAGUAUCACUGACAGAAAGGAAAUCUGAGUGGGUGAUGGAUCUGUGUAAGCUUAUAAACCAGUGAUUCAAGGCAUGAAUUACUGCUUAGGUACACGUGUAAUGGUAUGCUGUGGAGAACCAAGACUGUGACUUAGGGUAGUGCUCUGAAAUAAUCAGCUUCCCCCCCUGAAAAGUAUUUCCUAAGAAUUCUGAAAAGGAGAAAGGGAUUUGAUAUUUGAGCAAUAAGACUUGUAGCCUUGGGUUUUGUUGGAGAGCUUGGCCUCAAAAAGCAUCCCUGGAUUUAAUUCUCUGAAGUAAAUAGAUGUAAUAAUUUUUUUCUCUUUAUUUCUUAACUUUAGUUUAUUUAAAUGUGCCUAUCAUUAAUCUUACAAUCUGAAAAAUAAUUUGUGAAAUUCCAUUUUACUUAGGAAUUGCCAAAUGUAUUAAAUAUCUGAAAGAUUUAAACAAUGACCACCACGGGCCCUAACUAAUAGCUUUUACCUGCCCUUAAAAUGCACGAAACACAAAGUCUUUAGGGAUCACAAGUCACUGGGGACCCGUAGUGCUGUAGAUAUGAUCAUCUGUGGGUUUGGAAAAGUGAGGCCUGUAGAACAUGAUCUUUUUUAACGCUAACCCAGAUUGCUGGGAGCAGGGAGGAUGAGAGGAGCAGGGAAGGAAACAUGCAACGUAUGGCAAGUGUCCAUGCAAACCUGAAAGUUUUUUUCCCCAGCUAAUGCUAAAGCAUAUUCUGUUGUGUUUUGUCAUGAUACAAAUUUAUACUUUAGAAUCGGUGUUGUCCCCUAAUUUACCUGUAAAUACACUUGGUGAUUGUCCAAACAGACCUGCUGUCUAAUGGCUAUGAAAUAGAGUCCACUGGGCUAGGUACUGCAAUCUCUGCAAAGAGAAAAGGGGUUGAAAAGUUGGUAUAACAAUCUCCCAUUUUAUGGGGGAGUUGCACACUCUUGUCUUACCCAUUGUAAUGUUUUGCACCCUGGAAAUGGAUACACGAUAGAAAAUCUGUGCUGCUGGGUCAAGUACCCCCAUUGCUUUGGGGUAGGUGUUUGCCUUCUGGGUAACAUCAUUGCUGUUUAUAGAAUUCUGCAGAAUGUUUUGUAGUGCUGAAAUUAUACAUGGGGAGUUUGGCUCUGAGCCUCUGCUUUUGAAAUCAUCAGCAAAGUUUCCAUUGAUUUCAGUGGUGACAGAGCAGGCUCUCAGUGAAUACCUCAAAGGUAAAGACUACGUUAGUUAGCAGGAAAGUGUCUGUAAUAUAGGAGAAUCUGAAUAGGAGAAGUGAGUCUAUUUUCACCCAUCUUAUUUUGGACUUAUAGGCACACCCUAACAAAUUACAGAAUCUGUAGAAUGGGAUAUUUUUCUGAGAUUUUGUAUAAGAAAAAUCUACUAUUUCAAUUUCAAAUGUUCCCCCAGUUUCUCUGAAAUGUCUCUGAACAGGCCUUUUUAGAAGGAGGUGCACAUAUACACGUAGUAGAAUAUAAUAAAAUGUAGUAAGUUAAUUAACAUUUCCUGUUAAAACUUCCAAAGCUGUGCUGAACUGUGCUGUAACUGCCAAAUAGAAAAAUAAAAAUAAAAUAUCUAGCCAUAAGCUGAAGGAGAGCUGGUGGAGAGGGAGGGAAAUAAUUUAGCAAUGUAUAAAAAUGCACACGUGCUUCACAAUUUCAGCCACUGAAUUUCCUGUAUUUUUCUUUUUAAACAGUGAAUGAAAGGGACUGACCUUUAAGCUCAUGAUAAUACCAUGAAAUAAUUAAGGGCCUCGUUGCAGUGGAAGGUGGAAUUUGUCCCAGGAGGAGGUGCUAAGUCAAGCCAAUGUUCUGCACAUCACCUCAGACUAAAAAACUCUUGGAAGCAAACCUACAUAUUGUGCAAGUAUAAUGGUGCCCAUCAUCUUGACCUCCCUGAGGGCUCUUGCAGUUAACAAACUUAUCAUUCCUAUUCUUUGAUAGAUAUAAUUAUAAACAUUGCUCUAAAAGCUGUUUUGAGUAAGUGCAGUAGUUGGUGGAGCAGGCUGUAGGAAACCACAUCAGGAUUCCCAAGUAUCUUAGGCACUAGAAGCAAGAUUAGGAAGACUUGAAAACUGCUCUCUGUUUGCUCAAUGAAUUAAGUGAAAAUAUCUGUAAAGGGCAUGGAGAAAGAAUCUGUGGGAUAUAUUCUAACACCUCAAUAUGUAAAACUCAGUUUUUAUCUGCAUGUUGAGCUUUUGGGAUGUUUGAAAUCUCUCCUGCAUAAAGCACAGCAUUAAAAUAUCCCUUCCAAAGUUCAUAUAUUGUGUGCUAAUGGAAUAGAGUCACUGGAAUAUUAAAAACUUUGUACUUGUAUGAGAAACUUUUGACAUUUUCUGUUAGAUUCAUUUUUUAAAAAGUCUUUGACAUUUCCUGUUUAGCAGAUUUUAAAUGUUUUUCUUGGUAAAAUGGCAGAUAUCAAUCAUCUCACUUUAUACAAAGCUGACAUAUAAUUGUAACAGAAAGGUGAAUAAUACCUAAAGAUCCCCCAGGAGAUCUGUCUUGUUGCUGUUUGGAAUUUUCCUGUCUAAUAAUUUGUUCGGGAAUUUUAUUAAAUACAAAGUGGUGGGUUUUUUACUGAUCGCUUGUAAAAAUUAUACAGAAUUUAAAGACCCCAGAGAAAAAAUGUCAUACAAGAGAAAAGUAACCUGGGCUUAAUUGGCAAGAGUGUGGCCAGCAGGUCAAAGGAGGUGAUACUUCCCCUCUACUCGGCCACAUCUGGAAUGCUGUGUCCAGUUCUGGGCUCCUCAGUACAAGAAAGACAAGGAGCUUCUGGAGAGGGUCCAGGGGAGGCCACAGAGAUGAUGAGGGGUCUGGAGCAUCUCUCCUAUGAGGAAAGACUGUGGGAGCUGGGCCUGUUUAGCCUAGAGAAGAGAAGACUGAGAGGGGAUCUCCUUAAUGCAUAUAAAUAUCUCGAAGGGGUGCCGGGAGGAUGGUGCCAGACUCCUUUCAGUGAUGCCCAGUGACAGGACAAGGAGAAAUGGUUGCAAACUAAAUCACAGAAAGUUUCACCUCAACAUGAGGAAGAGCUCCUUUCCAUUGAGGGUGGCAGAGCACUGGAACAGGCUGCCCAGGGAGGUCAUGGAGUCUCCCUCUCCGGAGACAUUCAAAACCCACAUGGUCGUAUUCCUGUGUCACCUGCUCCUGGUGAUCCUGCCUUGGCAGGGGGGUUGAUAAGCUCCAGAGGUCCCUUCCAACCCUAAGAAUUCUCUGAUUCUGUGAGUCUUAGCAUGAAAAUGCUGAAUUGUAUUUCCUUAAACCACAUAGCAGGCCAGACUCUCGCUUGUAAAUCGCUGUUGCUGUGUUUGCUGUGGAGCUUUGCCCACGUGCGUGAACUGAGGAUCUGUUUCAAUGGAUUUUGAUCCCUCCUGAGAAUCUGGCUCCACUUAAUAGGAAAACAAUUUCCCUUUUUUCUUUUGCUUAACAGGUAAAGAUCAGAGUUGAUGGAACAUUUUCCACUUCAGAGCAGGACCUGCUUGAUUUGUUAUGCAGCUUUUUACAAAGUGGCCACAGAUCCACCAGGUUUUUCACCUAAUCUUGUCCUCAGGAAGCUCCUGCCUAAAGCAUUCCAGCCAUCAGAUUGCUGAAUAUUCAUUAUCCUUUCCUCACCUGUGCUGCAGGGCAGUAUGCUGACCUUGAGAGUUCCUGACCUUCAGUUCCUCUGAUAGAGCAUUCGAGGUCAAGUGCCAAGCUAUCAGUGGGGAUGGAGUAAAGCACCUUUAUCUGAGCCUUUGCUGACACGGGACUCGGCCGUGACUCAGAGAGGGUGCAAAAGGCUCGUGCAGACUGAGAUUGUAGAUCUUCACCCAAAUCCACUCUGCCUGUGACAUCCUGCAGAUCACAAGGCCUCUCAGAGCUUAUGCCUUCAGGCUGACUUGAAACAACCAUUGCCAGCAGUGCAUGGUCCUGUUAGUGCCCAGUGCAGCUCCACGUGCUUCACGCUGCCCACCAUGCCAACCUCACCUGAAGACAAGGGACGAGCACAAGAGGCACAGCACAACAGUUCUCCUCCAGCCAAAGACACUAGAGCUGAAGGGACAACAUGCAGCACACCUUCUAUUGUUCUUCCAGAGAAUGCUGUUACACCAGAUUCAGAAAUUGAUAAAAAUCUGGUUAACAGGUCUCGUAGUCCUCAUAGGAGACAUUCUAACCGUGCCAAUAGGAAUUCAACAAGUUCAUUGACUUCUGUUGACAACAGCGGGCACGUGAUUGACCUGGUAAAUGAUCAGCUACCAGAUGUCAAAAUAUCAGAGGAAGACAAGAAGAAGAACCUUGAGUUACUAGAAGAGGCAAAGAAAGUGAGUGAGAGGUUUCUGAUGCGCAGAGGCAGAAAGUCAAGGAGCAGCCUCCCAGAGUCACCCACGGCAGUUUCCCCUACUCUUAGUCCUAAAGUUUCACCAGUAGCAUCUCGGAGCAACUCUCUCACUCUUCCAGUUCCAUCAGGGUCUGAUGCAUGCACAACCACUAGUAUUGAGUCAGUAUCUCCAGGGCAGAAUAACAGAACUGUGAAAGAGGAUGACAGGCAAACUGCAGAGAAUGCUGCAAAAGGAUUAAUUGAUCGAAGGCAGAAUGAUCAAAGAAAGAUUUCUCAGGGAAGGUUGGUUCCUCAUUCUGCUGGUUUUGAAAACUCCAAAGAGAAGCUAUCUGACCAAAAAGAAAACUUUGAUCCACGUAAACAUAUGGAUACUUUACCCAAAUGCUCCCCUUCAGGUGGUGAUGGUGGCAGAAUGUCUCUUAAUACUUGUGUGAAUGUUUGUGAAAAUGAACUUGGAAAAUCAUUCCUCAAGAAAGGAAAAGAAAAUGAUGUUCCUUUAAGAACCCAUCUACCAGGACCAGGGAUAGGAAAUAUGGACUCAAAGCUAAAAAUGCCUGUUCCAGAAAUGAGGGACCAUAAAGUUUCAUGUAAACCAGAAUUUAAACUGUGUGGACUGCGUCCUCCUCUGCUACGGGCUGUGUCAUGGGACAGCUUGGAGCCUGGGCAGAAAGAGAAAACACCUUCAAAAUUACCAUCUGAGGAAGAUAAUGCUGGUAAUAAACCCAGCAAUCAGUUAAAAGCAUUCAAAGACCUUCAAAUCCAAGUUCAACCAGUUCGAAUGCAGAAGCUGACAAAGCUCAGAGAGGAGCAUAUUUUGAUGAGAAAUCAAAAUUUAGUUGGACUUAAACUUCCUGAACUUAGUGAAGCAGCUGAACAGGAAAAAGGCCCUUCACCUCUCCCUUCCCCCACUGAAGAGGAAGAGCCAAAGAAUAGCUCUGAUGUCAUGCCCAGCAUUCCUGAUGUAUUGCUGCGAAAACUCCGCGUGCACAAAUCGCUUCCAGGAAGCUCCCCUCCACUUACUGAAAAAGAAGUUGAGAAUGUAUUUGUACAACUUUCCUUGGCCUUUAGAAAUGAUAGUUACACGUUGGAAUCUAGAAUUAACCAAGCAGAGAGAGAGAGAAAUCUUACAGAAGAGAAUGCUGAGAAGGAACUGGAAAACUUUAAAGCAGCCAUUACGUCCUCAGCUCACCUGUGGCACCACUAUGAGCACAGGGAAGCUUACCAGAAGCUGCUGGAGGACAUUGCUGUCCUGCGGCGUUUGGCUGCCAGGCUGUCGAGUCGCGCCGAGAUGGUCGGAGCCGUUCGCCAGGAGAAACGCAUGUCAAAGGCAACAGAAGUAAUGAUGCAGUAUGUGGAAAAUCUGAAAAGAACAUAUGAAAAGGAUCAUGCUGAACUAAUGGAGUUCAAGAAACUUGCCAAUCAGAAUUCUAGCAGAAGCUAUGGUGCAUCUGAAGAUGGAGUGCCUCGUUCAUCUAGAUCCAUGUCUCUUACUGUUGGAAAGAAUAUGCCUCGGAGGAGAGUCAGUGUUGCGGUUGUUCCUAAGUUUAACUCCUUGAACAUUCCUGGUCAGUCACCAACAGCUUCACCUAUACCUUCAAUGCCAUCCCUGUCUGAAUCACCUAGUAAUGGAAGGAGCAGCCUAACAUCUAGUCCUGCUCUGCCAGCACUUCUAGAAAAUGGAAAGUCUAAUGGAGAGCCUGACUGUGAAACCUCUACUGUGCUGUCACAGAGUGGGUUGGAGGAGAUCAGCCCUGAAACUAAAGCCAAGAUAGAAGAGGAAGCAUAUAACAAAGGCUAUCAGGAAGGCUUGAAGAAAACCAAAGAACUUCAAGAACUGAAGGAAGAAGAUGAAGAGACACCCAAAGAAAGUCAUGAUGAACAUGAAGAAAGUGAAAAUGAAGAUGAGAUUAAAAACCUGAAAAGCAGCAGACUUGAAGUCAUCAUUAAUUAUUUAUAUAUACUGUACCCCAAACUGUGCAAACACUGGAACGUGGUAUGGCUUGUAGUGGCUGCAAUCAUCAUUUUUGCUGUGGUGUUGGGAAUCUACCAUUCCUACAACUCCUGCGAUGAGAAGUCAGAGGGAGCUGAAGGGAAGGCCAGCUGCUCUGCUGCCCACCAGUAUUCCUGGUGGAACUCAGGAUUUCGACAUGAGCAACGCACUGAAUAAUAAAGGAACAACCACGGAUUUCUGGUACCUGAGCAAGUUUGCAUAUUAGCCCACUGUUGUUAAAGGUAGUGCUUAGUCACCCCUACGGCUGUCACACCUGAGCUGUCAGACAAGAGUUGCUCCACACCCCCAGGUCUGGGGAUGCAGGGUGAACACAUCUUGCCAAGAUGAAAAUCUGAUGAAUAAUCCUGUCAGUCCUCUUGUUGUAACUGACUGAUGCAAAUAAAGUAAUGUGGAAUCAUGAUAAGGUUGUGGCAGUAAUGAGCAACCAGCAAAAUGUUUAAAAGAAUGAUUUGCACAGGACACUGAUGUUUUGAAGAAAAUCAUAAAACCUGCAUUUGCAGUUAGUGCUUUACUUGGCAUUUCCUGAAUUUAUUGUUGAUUGUUGAAGUACUAAUUGCAUUUAAGUCCUUUGAGGUUUAAGAGUCUAAUUAAUUUCCUUAUUCAUGAUUAUUGGGUAGAAAUAGAAGUUCUUCUAUGGAAGAAUCUAAUUAUAUUAUUAGACCAAAUGCCUUGCUGAUAGAGUAAUUUUAAGAGGAAUUAUCUGUAUGAUUAUUUAAAUGGAAUGUUAAGUACAUGCUUAAAUGUGUUUUAUGAUAUACUUUAAGAAUGGGACCACCGCUGCUUUUUUUAAAAUGGAAUACUCAACCUAAAAUGGGGUCCAUGUGACAUCAUCAAAUAAAUCCGGGAACUUCUGAUAUAUCAAAGGGACAUCUUUGCAGGAAUUUCUGUAUGACACUCAGAGUCAGGACUGGUUACAGCAAAAACUGUAGUUGCUGUUUGGAAGGUUAGGCGAGCUGCCCAAGCCCAAAAUACAGCACUCUUGGACAUGGGAAUUCUUUAUUAAAAAAGAACAAAGAAAACAAAAACUCUUCAAACCUCUGUAUACAGGUGAUCACACUUAGUGGACUCUGCCCUCCUACUAAUACUGGAGAUAGAUAUUCUUUGAGGUCUGCAGCAGGAACACAGUUCUGCAACAGCCAGAACCCAACCAGUGCCUACGUGAAUCAGGACAGGGAAGCAGUGAGGACUUAAGAAAGCUCACUGUGUGUUUUUAGUAGUUCAUUUUCAGAACCUGAUGCCAGGUAUCCAAAUGAUCCGAUACACUUCCAAAGCUGAACUGCCAGGUCAUGAGAGAUUCAUCUCUUGCAGUUCUGCCUAUCUGGGAGUUGUGAGUUCUUACACAAGAAUGUGAAAGCCUGAAAUUCUUGGAUAAGCAAUUCCAAAAUGGUUGAAGCCAUUAUCUGUAAAAACCCCACCACCUAGGGCUGAGACCAAAAUGUGUGUCACUGAGGGUGUACCUUAUGUACCUGCUGAAAGUCACUUCUGACUGAAGGUGAAUUGUGUCUUUCCUCAGCUAUAGCCACAAUAUCAAAAUCAGUGUGACACUUGAUUGCACUCAUAUCUUGCAUUCUUCUGCCAUUUCCUGGCUGAGAAGCAGGUCUGUUCACCAACUGAAGGAUAAAUGUGUUAUGAAGUACUGUAAUUUCAGUUCAAACACAGAUAAUACUGUCCUGUUUUAUUUUGGUGUAAACACUGAACCUCAAGCUAAUUAUCAAAGAAAACAGGUUCCUAACUCAGUCAGCAAUUUAAUUCACAUGUCUGCCACUAGUAACGAAUAUCCUGCUAGUGAAUUUUUGUUUGUUACAUCUUUAGCCACGUGUUUCUUAGGAGACAUUUAUAGAAAAGAGAAAGAAAUGAAAAAUUAAAAAAAGCAGACCAUAACCACUUUUUUUUUAGGGGCGGUGGGGAAUGAGGGAGUCUAUAAGCAGUUAGAAGGGAGGUUUUGUAUUUUAAAGUCUGUAUUAUUGAGGAAUAAUGUGCCUAAGGAAGUUCAAAAAGGAUAAUGGGAAAGUGUAAUUUGGUCUAAAAUUGUAAUUGGUAAAGAAUAAGACAGAAGAAGGUUUCUUGCAAAUUACUUGGAAUCUGUUUGGUUCAGUUAGAAUAUCUGACUGUGAAGAACUACUGUGAUAUUUCACAUACUUUCAGUAUUUGAAGAAACUUGUCAGUUGUUCUUUGAAUACUUCUUUAUUCAUCUUCUUUAACUUAAUAUUCUUUACAAAUAACACGCUUAAUAAGGCAUUAAAAAUUGAAGGUAAAUAGUUCUGAAUAUUCAGAAUUCCCUAUGCCAGAAAUUAUGGAGCGUAUUUGAUUAUGUGAUUGUGGACAUGGUGGGCUGCAUUGAAGAAAAAUAAUUAUCAGUGCCUAUAAUCGAAUUAAUUCACUUUUAUUUGCAUCUGCACUGAUGUGGGCCCAACAGCUUAUUUUAAGUACACAUAGAAACUUAUUGAUAUCAACAGGACUCUCAAACUGCUUAAUGUUAAGCAUGUUCUAAAGCUUUUUUGGUCAGUGGGCGAACGAGGUCUCCAUGCUCCCUUGAAAUUCAGCACACUGCCUUUUUGUGGAAUUAGUGCACCAGGGCCAAUUCCCAUGAGGAGUUGUACUGAUUUGAACUGAACUACUUGCAUGUCUAAGGCAAGUGUAAUUUUGCCACAAAGUUUUUACCUGUUUUGGGGAAUCUACUGAAGGAGGCAAGAGAUUUUAAUGAGGGUGCAAAAAUGAAGAUAAAGUUUAUUUUUAAAAAAAUUCUUCUUUUUAUAACUACUUUGAGCAAACUGUCCACUAAAAAUAACAAACCACAACGACUAACAGCACAGUAAAUAGUUUUGCUUAUAUUUUUCAGUUAGUUAAUGAAAACACCUUUUUUAAUAAGAAUCUAGAUUAAGCUCAAAAACUAUUCUAAAUGUCAUUUUAUUUGUUGGAUGUUAGUUUGCUUUAUCUGGAAAAAAAAACCAACAACCUCUUCUGUGUUCAAAGAUCACAUCAGAUAACAAGAAACAGAGCUAUUAUUUAUGCUAUUAACACUGAAAUAGUUUUCUUGAGGUGCAAUAUUUAUUUUUCUGCUUUAACGAGACACAUUUAUUGUUUUUCCUGCACAGCACAAAUGUUUCUAGUAAAUGGAAUUUCAAAAGGGCACUAUUUUUGUGUAUCAUAUUUAAAUUUGUAAUAUUGUAAGAUUUUGCACAAGUGUGCUGGUAUUGUACUGUAUAGUAUCACAUACUUGAGUUUUGAAAUAAAAGUAUGGUUUCAAGUC